CGGGCAGUGGUCAGAGGCUCUGGGUCCCACUGUGGUCCCAGAUCUGCACCUGGCAGGAGGGCUGGGUCUGAGGUGUGUAGGCAUAGUAGUGGAGGGGUGUCCUGGUCCCCUCCUCCUGCCCUCCCUCCCACUUCCCCCGGCUUUUUAUAGCCACAUCCUGCAAGGAAAAAACCCAGACUCCUGCACAGCUGGCGAGACGAAGAUGUGUGUGGGUGCUCAGAGGCCCCGAGGGCCCCGCUCGGCCCUCCUGCUGCUGGGGCUUGUGCUGGGCACUGCGGCCAAGUCCACCUGCCCCAGGAACACCUACCCCUCAAACGGCAGGUGCUGUUUUGAUUGCAAGCCAGGUUUCGAGAUGGUGAAGCGCUGCGCGGACAAUGAGGACACAGAGUGCCAACCGUGUAACUCAGGCUUCUACAAUGAGGCCGUGAACUACGGGGAAUGCAAACCCUGUACUCUGUGCAACCAGAGAAGCGGGAGUGAGGUGAAGCGCCAGUGCACCUCCGUGAGCGACACCGUCUGCAGCUGCCGGCCUGGCACCCAGCCCCAGGGCGGCUUCAAGCUCGGAGUCGACUGUGCCCCGUGCCCACCAGGACACUUCUCCCCGGGCAACAAUGAGGCCUGCAAACCCUGGACCAACUGCACCUUGGCGGGAAAGCGCACUGUCCAGCUGGCCAGCCGCAGCGCCGAUGCUGUCUGUGAGGACAGGACGCCCCCUGCCAUUCCAUCCCGGGAGACCCGGGUCCCCCCAGCCCAGCCCCCCACUGCCCAGCCCCCUCCCACCACUGCCUGGACCAGGAUCUCACAGGAGCCCUCUACAACCCCCUCAGAGUUCCCCAGGGGCCCCGCGCUGGCCGCCGUCCUGGGCCUGGGGUUGGGCCUGGGCCUGCUGGCCCCAGUGGCCGUGGUGCUGGUCCUACUGCUGCAGCACAGAGCCUGGAGGCCGCUGCCCGGCGCCAAGCCCCACGGAGGGAGCAGCUUCAGGACCCCCAUCCAGGAGGAACAGUCCAACGCCUGUUCCUCCCUGGCCAAGAUCUGA